AUGUCUACAUCAGUAAAUUUCACACGAAAUUCUGCUUCCGAAGAAAUCACUAUCUAUCUUGGCAUACCUAUUCUUGGUACUGGAGUUCUUGGUGGAACUCUCAAUAUUAUCGUUUUUAUGAGUCUUAAAACAUUUCGACAAAGUUCAUGUGCUUUCUUUUUAACAAUCAUGUCAUUUGUUAAUAUUGGUCAAUUACUAUUCAGUUUACUUAGUCGUAUUAUGAUUACUGGAUUUGAUGCUGAUUGGACGGACUAUUCGUUGGUUUAUUGUAAGUUUAGAAACUAUUUUCUUCAAGUAUGUGCAUUAACAUCAUAUACAUGUAUGUGUUUGGCAACAAUUGAUCAAUUCUUGGCAACUUCACUUCAUGUUCACUGGCAAAAAUUUUUUAAUAUAAAAAAAGCUUAUGUUCUGUGCAUAUUAUUCUUUAUUAUUUGGAUUCUUCACGGUAUUCCAACAUUGAUUUGGUAUAAUUUGAGUUUAUUACCUACUACAGGAAGAUUAAUUUGUACAAUAACAAACCCAGUUUUUGAUCUGUACAUUGCAUAUGGUUAUUUAAUCAUACUAACUGGUAUUUUACCAAUUUGUAUUACAGUUUUAUUUGGAUUUUUGGCAUAUUGGAAUGUAAGACAAAUACCUUAUCGAACAGUUCCAUUGGUUCGACGUGAAUUAGAUAAACAAUUAACAUCAAUGGUUCUUGUUCAAGUUGUCUUUAAUUGUUUUAUUAUUUUACCAUACAUCAUAUGUCUGUUUCUGGUUGAUACUCUGGAUCCCAAUACCCCAACAUAUUCUGAAAAUUUUAUUCCAUUUGAACGUACCUCGGCUGAGUUUUAUUGGAUUGGUUUAAUUUCAAUCGGUACACCUGAAAAAACUUUUAUUAUCAAUUUUGAUACAGGUUCUACUGAUUUAUGGGUACCAUCAAUUCAAUGUCUUUCUACUUGUGAUAAUAUGCAUUUUUUAGAAAACAAAGCAAAAUACGAUUCAUAUAGUUCGUAUACAUCUCGAGCUAAUGGAGCUACCUUAAGGAUUGCAUACGGUGAUGGUUCGUAUGUCAAUGGUAUUUUUAUUAAUGAUACUGUAACAAUAGGAAAUUUAUCUAUAUUAAAUCAAGCAUUUGCUCAAGCAAACAAUAUAUCAGGUUUUAGUUCGUCAACAUUUGAUGGUGUUUUAGGUCUUGCUUAUCCAUCAAUUGGUACAUCUGGACAGAUUCCUAUUUUUUAUAAUAUGUGGCAACAAGGUCUUAUACCUGAUCCAAUUUUUUCUUUUUAUUUCAAUCCAAAUCCCAAUGUUUAUCCAGGCGGUGAACUUAUCUUUGGUGGAGUAGAUUCCACUAAAUAUUUAGAUUCAAUUACUUAUGUGGAUGUUAUUAUACAUGCCUAUUGGGAAUUUAUGAUGAACAGUGUACAAACAAAUGGUAAAACAAUAUGUUCAAAUUGUCGUGCUAUUUUGGAUACUGGUACAACAUUAAUUGUUGGACCAUCAAAUCAAAUAGCAUUACUUAAUUAUGCUAUUGGAGGAACGUAUGAUCAUGAGAUUGGAUUAUACACAGUUGAUUGUUAUACUCGUUUAUUAUCUGAUUUUCCUGAUGUGGAAUUUUCAAUUGGUAAUAUGACAUUUAUAUUGUCAGUAUUACAAUAUUUACUUAUUUUAAAAGAUAGUGAUAAUUAUAUAUGUUAUACCGUUUUUCAAGGUGUUAAUUUACGUGAUAAUCGUGGAAAUUUAAUAUGGAUUCUUGGUGAUUAUUUUCUUAGUCGUUUUUAUUCGAUUUAUAAUGUUAAUCGUAAUCAAAUUGGUCUUGCUAAAUCAAUAUCCUAUAGUUAUUCACAAAUACAUCCGAAAUCAUUAUUUGGAAAUUCGAGUAAUAAAAAUUAUUUUCAAAAUAUUUUUCAAUUAUUUAUUUAUGUGAUUAUUUUUCUUAUAAGAAAUAUUCUUUUUUUUUUAAAUAUAUAA